AUGGCCAAACUCGAGGAACACAAACACCAUACGGCAUCUGAUGCCAUGGUCGAGGAUGCUGCACCUCCCAAAAUUGCUGACCUCAUUCCCGACUAUGGGAAACCUUGGUACAGGGUUCCGCAUCUUCUGAAGUUAAACGCGCUCCUCCUCGUUCCUCUUCUGACAUCUUAUGUCUCUGGAUUUGACGGAAGUUUAUUGAACGGGAUGCAAAGCUUACCCUCUUGGAAUGAAGACUUUGACAACCCGUCCGGAAGCGUCCUCGGAAUCGUAUCAACCAUCCAAGUCAUUGGCGGUAUCGCUGCUCUGCCAUUCGCCCCAAUGCUUGCCGAUCGACUCGGCCGCCGUCAUGGAAUAUUGACUGGAUCCCUCAUAAUCAUCGCUGGUGCCGGUAUCCAAGGUGGCGGUAGCAGCAUGGGCACCUUUCUUGGAGGCCGUGGUCUCGUUGGCUUUGGUAGCAGCUUCAUCGCUGUUGCCGCCGCACCAAUGAUUGGCGAACUUGCAUAUCCAUCUCAUCGCCCGAUCAUCACUGCCAUCUACAACACAUCAUGGUAUCUGGGUUCCAUCGUCGCUGCGUGGGUUACCUAUGGGACUUUUAAGAUCCCCAACAGCUGGAGCUGGAGAAUUCCUUGUAUCCUUCAAGCUGCUCCCUCCCUCAUUCAAGUCGCUUGCAUCUACUUUGUCCCAGAAAGCCCCAGAUGGCUCGUCGCGCACGACAGGCCUCAGGAGGCACAGAGAAUUCUUAGCAGAUACCAUGCUGGCUCGGAGGAGCCCAAUGAGCUGGUGCUUGCCGAGAUGAACGAGAUUACGAUUGCGAUUCAGAAUGAGAAGCUUCAGAAUACUGCUUCCUAUAUGGACUUCUUGAAGACUAAUGGAAACCGCCGUCGCCUGUUCAUUUGCAUCUCUGUCGGCUUCAUCAUCCAGUGGUGUGGAAACGGCCUCGUAUCUGUCUACCUUGUUCAAGUCCUCAAGUCCGUCGGCAUCACCGAUCCUGAAACCCAAAAUAUCAUCAAUGGCGUCCUUCAGAUCUUCAACUACCUCGUCGCCAUCACGUCGGCUUUUUUCGUGGACCGCUUCGGUCGUCGUGGCAUGUUCCUCUUCUCACUUGCUGGAAUGACACUUGCCUUUAUAAUCUGGACGGCCAUUUCGGCCAAGAAUGAGCAGCAGCACUUCCAGAACAAAGGCCUGGGUAUUGGAGUGGUCACUAUGAUCUUUGUCUUCUUCCUGUUCUACAACAUUGGCAUGAAUCCCGUCCCUAUGGCCUACCUCCUGGAAGUUCUCCCCUAUACCCUCCGUGCCAAGGGACUCACUAUCUUCAAUGUCUCUCAGUUCGCCAGCUCCGUUUUUAACGGAUUUGCCAACCCGAUUGCCCUCGAAGCUAUUGGAUGGAAGUACUACAUCGUGUUCGCAUGUCUGCUUGUCGUCUGGUUCUUCGUGGUCUACUUUGCUUACCCUGAGACACGCCGACUGAGCUUGGAGGAGGUUGCGACUCUUUUUGACGGAGAAGAUGCUAUGCGAGAGAUGGAUGCAAAGAUUGUGUCCGAGAAGCAGGACCAGCUGUAA